UACCCAGCUAGCAAGAAGUUAUUGGCCCAAUGUAUAAAACAACAUUGGCGAAAUAUUUGGAUUGGGCCAAUGCUUCUCCAAUGCAUGUACGUUAAGUUUUAUUUCUAAUAUAAUUUAGCCGACGCAACUGUACGAAUAGCACAAACACUUUUUGUGAUACGCGUAUUUGACAAAUACAAGGUUUCCAUCGUUAACGUAGUAUCAAAGAUCUUAACUAGAUUCUAAUCUUUAAAUAUAAAUAUUCAUUUGACUUAUUGUAUUUCAGUUAAGUAACAUUUAUUACAAUAGUAUGUAAAUAUUUUUAUACAAAGUGCAGUUUGAAAAAAAAUAUUUUUCAUGCACUGAAAAAUUAAAAAAAAUUGUUGUUAUAAAAAGAAAAUAAAUAAAUAAAAGUGAAGUAAAUGAAAAAAUAUAUGCCAAUUUUUUAUUGUAAAUAAUUAUUAUAUAGAAAAUGGAUAGCUAUACAAAAGAUUAUUCAUACUCUUCUAUUCGUCGAAAAGCUAAAAAACAAGCUGAACUUGAUUUAAAUACAGUAUAUAAUAAUCUUCCUGCCCGUACCAAUUUUUGUGAUGUCAAGCAGCUAGUUCAGCAGGAAGAUAUAACUUUAUUAAAAGAUGAACAAGUUUUUUUUAAAAAAAUUACAUCAACUAAUACCCAGACAACAGAUUUUAAUUUACAGAGUAAUUUUAGUUCUGAAACAAUCAGAGAUUUAAAUUUUGCUAAUGAUAAUGUCAAUGAUAUUGAUUCGGAGGAAAAUAACUAUGUUUCAUCUAGCUCUGAUAAUCAAGAUGAAAAUUUUGAUGGUGAAAUAAACAACAUACUUCGCGAUUGGUCUCUGCAAUAUAAAAUAACCCAUGUGGCACUUGCAUCACUUCUAUGCAUUCUUAAACCAUAUUUCCCAACUUUACCACAACAUCCAAGGACAUUAUUAAAGACACCUACAAUAUUUGAAGUUAAAAAACUAAAAAGUGGAGGAGAUUAUUGUCACAUUGGACUUGAGAAUGGUUUAAAAAACUGCAUUAAUGAUUUGUUUAUACCUGAGAAUACAAACAUCCACUUGCAAAUUAACAUAGAUGGGUUGCCUCUUUUCAAUAGCUCUGGUGUCUCAGUAUGGCCAAUACUUUGUAUUAUCAAGAACUUCAGUAUGAAAGAACCAUUUGUUGUAGGAAUAUAUAGCGGAAAAGAAAAACCACCAAGUGCAGCAGAGUUUCUUGAAGAGUUUGUUGAAGAAACUAAACAUUUAGUAGAUAAUGGUUUUCUGUUUAAUAACAAAAGGUAUUCUGUUAAAAUUCAUUCAUUUAUCUGUGAUGCACCUGCUAGAGCAUUUGUCAAAGGUAUAAAAGGUCACUCUGGUUAUAAUUCAUGUGAAAAAUGCACAACAAAUGGUGAAUAUGAUGGCAAAUUAAUUUAUCCUGAAACCAAUGCACCACUACGAACAGAUUUAUCUUUUUUUCAUAUGAUUGACAAAAAACAUCAUCUCUGGGAGUGUCCUCUAAAACUGUUGAAUGUUGGUUUUGUUAGUCAGUUUGGUCUAGACUAUAUGCAUCUGGUUUGUUUAGGAGUCAUGAAGCGAUUGAUUCUUUAUUGGAAAGACCCAAAAGGCCCUUUGCACGUUUGAAUUGGUACACGUGCAAUGGAUCAGUUGUCUAAUAGUCUAAAUUCCUUAUCACAAAAUAUUCCUUCUGAAUUUUCAAGAAAGUGUCGUUCUGCUCAUGAAGUUUUACGCUGGAAAGCUACUGAAUUUCGUCUUUUUUUACUGUAUCUGGGCCCAUAAGUGCUCUCAAAUGUUUUAUCAUUGCCUUUAUACAAUUAAUAUCUGCUGUAUUAAGAAAUGUUCAGUAAUGUAUUUAUAGUAAUUUUUUCUUUAGGGGAGAAUAUAAUAAUGGAUUCAUCAGGUAAUUAAAUUUUAUAAUAAAAUUUUUUUGCAAUGAAUCAUAUUUGCUUUCAAGAUGCAUGGUUUGUUUUUCAGUGAAUAAUAUGUAAUGUUUAUUUUAUUAUUAUUACAAUGUUUAAAUGCUUAUUGGUUGUUUAUGAUUUUAAUAUAAUACUUAUGAUUUGUAAGAUUGUAAUAUUUAUUUUUUAUAGUUUCGAAAUUGUUAUAUUUGUAAAAAACACAUAUUAUAAACAUGUUAUAUAUGUACAAAGCACAACUUUUCUUUGGCAUCACAUGUGACAUUGUCAUCCUGUGAAUUUGUUUUAACGGUUGUUUAUGAAUAUUUAAUGGGGAAUAAAUUUAUAAUAAAGUAGCAAUUUAUAACAUUAUUAUAAUUGGUUGUAUUUAUACUAGUAUAAUAUACAAAGUUUUUAUGCAAUAUCUUUGAUAAGUUUUCAAUGAGUUGUUUUGCAUAAUCAUUCCUUAAAACUAACAUAAUAAACCUUUUAAUUGAUCUUUUUUUUAGCAAGUUGUGAGAUCGCUUUCCCAGAAAAAAGAAAUCAGGAGUUAAAUAUGUCUGAUGAAGAAAAUGAAGAUUUCACGAUACAUUCUUGCACAGCUAAAUCACCAGAAACUGACAAUUUGAUUGAUCAAGCUCAGCCAAAUUUUAGUUUGUAUUCCCAAUUUAAAAGCAUCACUAAUUCAUCUCCGUCAACCCCAAAUGCAAUCUCAGGAAUACUUCCAAAAGAUCUGCAUGUGAUUCUAAGCAGACUUGCAUCAAUAGAGACAAAGCAGGGCAUGCAUUCACAAAUUUUGAAUUCAAUCCUUAAUGCUGUAACUCAGCAUAAAAGUUAUGAUACUUUGUCUGAAGGCAUUAAAAGAUUUUGAUAAGAAACUAAAAGAAAAUAGCACUUUCAAGUUAUUAGUUAAUCAUCUUGCUCAAAUUGGUGGAAGAAAUAUUGGUGAUACAACGCGUAGAUUGUUAAGAACACUUUUCUCAAAAGGGUUAUCGUUGCAAUUAAACUUUGCCGGUAGGAUUGGAAAAGUUGGAAUCGGCAACAUGAAAAUAACUUCUCUUAUUGUCAGUGUUGUUAAGAAGAACAAGUUAUUGAGUGACGUCACUACUUCAAGUGUUGAACAACUUGUAAAGAUUUGGCUUAGGCAGUCCUGCGACCGCGAAGGAGGCAGAAAUGAUCCAGAACGAGGAAGUAAACGAUCACUCCAAAAAAAUUUUAUUCGAGACAAUCAAUUGUUAUAACUUAUAGUAAAAAUUAUAUAGUUUAACGGUUUAUUCUGAUGAAAUAUUUAAGCAUACGUUAA